AUGGAUGAAAUCAAUCUCGGCCUCGGUCUCGGUCACGAGACUGGAUUGAUCUGGUCGCGUGUUUGGGCGCGUCGAGGACUUCGACGCGCUCUCGCUCCUCGAGGUCUCUCCGCUGAGGAAAAGAGGGUGAAGCUUGUGGAGAUCUUUCACGAGACACUGAAGGAGCUGGAGAAGCUCGGGCCAAAGAUGAAGGGCAUAGGCACGUCCCGCCCGACUCGCGAGUCCGCACGCUCCCUCGUGGACGACGGCCUGGUGCAGACAGACAAAGUCGGCUCAUCCAAUUGUGCGUCUGGCUCCCUGCGGCGCAUCGACGUCUUCUGGAGCUUCCCGUCGCAGCGGGGGACGAUCAUGCAGAACCGACUCGACGCGGCGAAGGAAGCCGAAAAGAAUCAUCAGAAGCAAAUUGCGGACACGGAGGAGAACAUGAAGACUGAGCACGCCGCGAGAAUCGAAAGCGUGAGCAUACUCCGACUUGACGCGCGAGAACUGAGCACAAAAUGCGCGAUUCAGGCUGAGCGGACGUCUUCGCUGGCCAAGCUGUCAGCUCUGAAGCAGCAAGCCGCCGAGCUGGAGACGGAGCUGCAAGCAUACGGCGCGUGCGAUCCGACCAAGGUCGAAGAGAAGAAGAGGGCGGUUACGUUGGCGAAGGAGGCUGCCGUGCGCUGGACAGACAAUUACAGCAUCUUGCUAGCACACUUCACGAGACAAAACGGCGUUGAGGCCGAGGAAGUCCGUAAGUACCUUGGGGUCAGUGACGAUUAUGAGGAUAUCUGUUAG